AUGCGUAUGUUCAUGUUAACACUUUUUGCUGGUUUAACCUCUGCUGCUCCUCAGGGUUAUAAUUAUCAAAUUGAAUUGGGUUCCUCGGGACAUGCUAUACAGGCCAUUCCCAAUGAAUUUCAAAUAAACCAGCAGCAGCAACAACAGCAGCCACAGAUAUUUUACCAAGAACAACUUCCUCAACAACUCCCACAAACGAUAAAUUUUGAUCAACAGGGUGGUUACCAAUUAAACAACCAAUUACUACAAAAUGCCCAACAACAAGUCUUGCAAUAUGAAGAGCAAUUUAAACAAUUACAACAGCAACAACAACAAAUACUUACAGUUGUUGAACAACCACCAGCAAUUGAAAUCAAAGCUGUCCUUGAGCCACCAAAAGCAGAGCAUAAAACAGAAAUCGUUAAUGAACCACAACCACAUUUCAUCAUACAGCCAAAGAUACAAAACAAAGCACCAGAAAUAUAUCAUCAGCCUAGUGAGGAGAAAAAAGUUUUAUUCCAAAAAGAAUUCUUCUAUCUUUCUGCACCUCCAGAGGAAUACGAAGCACCCAAGGACUUGGACCAACAACUGGCAUCCUUGAAGAAAAAUUUACGAGUUGUGUUCAUUAAGGCACCCGAAAGUAAUGGCUUGGAAAAGGCAGCUCUGCAAUUGGCCCAACAAUCUGCUAAUGCCCAGACAGCUAUUUACGUGCUCACUAAACAACAUGAUGCCGCAGAUUUGGCUCAGAAAUUACAAACCAUUCAGACAUCCACACCUCAACGUCCUGAAGUGGCCUUCAUCAAAUAUCGCACACAAGAAGAGGCCGAACAUGCUCAACGUGUUAUCCAGGCUCAAUAUGAAGCUUUGGAUGGACCGAAUCACAUCAAUAGACCUGAUACUGGUGUUACACACAAUUUUGUUGACGCAACUGACUCUAGCAAUAUCGUUGAACCUCGUAAGUCAUUGGCCGUUGGCGAUAAGACUGAAAGUGCAAAACCAGUUUCCAAAUACCUGCCUGCAGCUGUCAAACAUUAA